ACGGAUAUCGGACGAUGUUUAGUAUCUCUUGUUGGAGUGAGUAUUCUAGAGCAUUUUACAAGCAGCUGUGUAACGUUUAAUGUUGUUAUCUGCUGUGAUACGUUAGAUAAAAUGGUACAUUAUGGAGCUAAAGGAUAAAAUCUUAUUUUAUUGUGUUCUGACGACGAUACUGAAAGAUGUAUUAGGAGCGUUAGAAUGUUCACAGUGUGUGUCGGAUGAGCUUGAAGAUUGUGCAAUCAAUCCGCCACCUGCUAAACCAUGUAACGCAUACCAGGCAAAUCAGAAAGGACCUGUUAAUUGUAUGAAAGCAAAGAAAACAAAUACAUCAGGUUAUUUGAUUCAGUUUAUCCGUGGAUGUACGGGGGUAUGGACAGGUUCGGGAUGUAUGCCCCAAGCGGACAAAACAAUGCUUUGUUAUGAAAUUUGUUCAACUAGUAACUGUAACGCUGCAAAUGAUUCUAAAAUCAGUAUAAUCAAAUGUUUACUAUAUCUAAUAUAUAUCAUUAUUGGAAUGACGGAAAUUUGAAACUCAGUGAAACGUAUAUGUUUAAUUAGUGCCUAUCAUUUGGACUCUAUCAGUAAAUAUAUAAAACUAUUGGUUUAACAAAAUACCAGGAUGAUGUAAAAACUUAAAUACAGUAUAUGUGUAGCCGUUUGACAGAAUUUCUAUGAAUAGUUUUAAUAACUUGUAUAUACAAUAUGCACUUGAAGGCGACAUGCUACAUCUUGAACAAUUUCACAAAAAUACAUAUAUUUAUUUGAUUUAUUUAUUGCUUACACCCAUAUGUAAUGCAAAACACUACUUGUUUUUGCAAUUGAUUUUAUCUUGUAGAAAAUAUGAUGACAGCAAAAAUAAAGUGAUUAUAUUAUUUUCUUUUCUAUUGUUUGAUUAUAUAUUAUACCGUAACAUUUCAAAACGCCAUGAAUAUCAAUCAGACUUUAUUAAAAACGAUCGUUUACUUUUAGACACAACAUGCAUAUCCGUAACUUAUGAAUGUUU